UAUGCAAUCAAUAUGUCGACCAUUAAUUGCAAGUAAUUCAAGCCUCUUUGUUUUGAAACGUUCAUAGAUGAAAUGCCCCUACGAAAGACUAUUGCACUUUGCAGCCACCACACCUCAUCUAGACCUAUAUGCACCCGAUUUCCAAAUCAAAGGCAUCUAUCCUCUAAUCUAAGCCACUUCCAAUGCUGUUUUGAGUAUAUCCAACAAAAAAAAAAAAAAAAAUUAUGCAGAAUCAUCCACUCCAUGACUACAGGAGCCUUCACACGUGCGCGCUGCAUUCUGUAUCAGCCAGUCCAGGAGUAAUAUGUCAUGCCAGUAGGAGCUAUGUUGAAUCCGUUCUCGGUUUGCUGCCCCGUGAUAAUUAUACAAACUAGCUCUCAACGAACUUAUUCCAUCUUCCAUUAAAGGGAAAA